GUGUGUGGCUCUCUUUUCUUAUCCCUUAUAUCACCUGCAACCUUUGAUCCCUACACAUAGCAUGCCAUAUGUUCUUCAUUCCUUUCUAUUAGUUUCUAAGUUUCCCUGCACUCUAAAGACCUUUCCUUGCAAUCUAAAGACCAUGUCAAGUCAAGAAAAUGGCUCUUCUGAACACCCAACAUGGCCGGAGUUCAAGCUUCCUGACUUGUUGUCUACGCACACCGUUCGACAAGUCCAUGCAACAAUUGAGAAUGAAUGGGAUCCCCUUCAGCUGUCUGCAUGCCAAACUGCAGCCGGUAGAGCCUUGUGGAAGCAUGUGAUUCAUGAUCCCCUGGCAGACAUACUUGCUGGAGAGACGUACCUAAAAAAUUUUCAUGAGAAGAUAAAGAAAGACUGUGUCAACAAAGCACGAGAAAUCUCUGGAGUCAUUCUUGCAGUUCGAACCCUCUGGUUUGAUUCAAAACUUGAAGCAGCACUUCAUUCCUUCAAUGACAGAGAAGCACAAGUAGUUCUUCUUGGGGCAGGAAUGGAUGCAAGGGCUUACCGAUUGAGUUGCUUGAAGGAAAGCAAUGUGUUUGAAGUUGAUUUUCCUGAAGUCCUGCAAAUUAAAGCCACUCUUCUGCAAGCAGCGAUGGAUUCUACAAACGAUCACCAGUAUCUAAAGAUAACAGCAAAAUCCAUAACCAGAGUGGCGGCUGAUAUCAGAAGCAAUGACUGGCUCGAAAAACUUCAAAUAUCAGGGUUUGUGCCAGAGAAGAACACAGUGUGGGUUCUGGAAGGCAUCCUCUACUACCUAUCCCACUCUGAGGCCACACAAGUACUUGAAAUCAUAGCAGACAAGUGCUCGCUUACUAACACAGUGCUCUUGGCAGAUUUUAUGAACAAACCAUCAACCAGUCUCUCCAGUUCCAUCUUCCAUUUCUACAGCGAUUGGCCUGAUCAUCUCCUGCCAUCUCUUGGCUUUUCUCAUGUUAAACUUUCACAAAUUGGUGAUCCAGAUGCUCAUUUUGGGCUCAUGCACGAUCCCUUAAAUCUGUUCAACAAGCUCCGCAGCUUGCCUAGGUCAGUAUAUACCCACCCAGAUGAUGGAACACCAUGUUGUCGCUUGUAUUUGGUUGAGGCUUCUGGUUCACCAAAGCAAACUAUUCCAUAGAUGGCCAGCUGAUGUUCACUAAAUAUCUCCAACUAGCUGCGCAGCUUGUCUAGGUCAGUAUAAACACAGCCAGAUGAUGGAACACUUCACAGCCAGUUGGUGUAGCAACAUCUGAUUACCUAUUAGACCACUCCACAGGGACCAACAGGUCAUUUAUAAUUUGAUACCACAAGUGUCAACUCAAAAUUAAAGCAGCAUAGGAGUAGGCAUCAAUAUUUGUAGUACUGUCAAAGGAAAAUAUAUUCCAUUGGAAUGAGAACUCAAAUGAAUUUAA